AGAUUUCUGAUGAUCAUUCAGGUACUUAUCGCAGUCUAUAUCUUUUAUUUCCAAUUCUUUGCCAUUCAUUCUCAUCUCAGGCAUAAAUAUCGCAACUAUGCAGAGUUCACAAAUACAGAUCAACAUGCAUCAACCCAAUUCAUGGGUGUACUCGGACCUAAGGAUCAGGUUUCUGACCCUGAUCCUCCGGUCUGGCAUCAGUAUCUCCAGUCCGGAUCCCAAGGUCGACGCGCAACUCCAUAUGUCUUCAUCCGGCAUGUACCACGAAGGGACAGUCAAAGUCAUCGUGGCUGGCCUUCCCCGGACCGGCACGAUGAGCAUGAAGAAAGCCCUUGAGGAGCUUGGCUACAAAAACUGCUUCCACCUCGCCGAACCGCUGUACCAAUUCAAAAACCUCCGUCUAAGCGCCGACAUCGUCCACACAAAAGACACUACUCUCCGCCGCCGCAAACUCGCCCGUCUCCUCCACGGCCGCGAUGCCACCCUUGAAGUUCCCGGCAGCGCCUGUCUCCCCGACCUCCUCGAGAUGUACCCCGACGCGAAAGUCAUCCUCACGGAGCGCACCUCCGCGCGUGUCUGGCUGCAGUCGUGGCACGGUUUCGGCAUCGAUCUGCGCUCUGACUGCUUCCGCUGGAUUGGGUACUGGAUGCCUGGGGUGGUCUCGGCCAACGACCUCUACCGGGGUUGGAUGCGGUUGGCGUCUGAGCGGUUUGGGCUGGCUCCCGAGCCAUCGGAGGAGCUGUAUCAUGCGCACAAUAACUGGGUAAAGACAAUAGUGCGCCCCGAACGACUGUUGGUCUUCAAGUGUCAGGAUGGGUGGGGGCCGUUGUGCGAGUUUCUGGGGAGGCAGAGGCCGAAUCCAUUUCCGCAUGGAAACGAGGCCGGACAUCUGCGGUUCUAUAAACGGAUGGCGAUGGUCCUAGGGGCUAUGUCGUGGUUGGUUGUGUUAGUCAUUGCGUUUGUGCUUUCGACAAUAUGCCGGUAACAUUUUCUAUCUUUUACUUCUUGAUUUGUGGGCGUUCGGGGAUUAUACCAUGUACAUAGCAGUUUUCUUGUAAAGACCAG